UAAAAGGUAAGUUAGUGCUUCCAACCAGGUAAAUUUCCAUAAAGAAAGCACUGUUUUUUUUUUCUCAUAGCGUGUGUUUCAGGCAAUAUAUAAGGUCCUUAAAAAAGCUUUGGGAAAUUAUUGCUUGUGUUUCCGGAGAGUGUUAAGCUUUGUUAGAGAGAGAGAGAGAGAGGGAGUUAGAGAGAGAGAGGGAGUCUUUUUUGUUUCUGAGCGUUCUUCUGGUUCCUUUGAUUUCAUUGCAAACUUUUGGAUUCCUAGGGAGAGAGUCUUUCUGGGUUCAGUGAAUUUUAUAGGAAAAAGUGGAAUCUUUAGCAAUUUUCUUUUGCUUUGAGGUGUUGUAGAAGGAGGGUCCUUUCUGGUUUUGUGAUUUUCUAUGAGUAUUGAGAAUGAUUUUUCAUCAAUGUUGAAAAUUUUUAUUUCUGCCCUCUUAUUUUCACUAAAAACAAUGGAAUUGUUCACAAAUUUCAUGAUGGGUUUGUGAAAUUUCCUUUUUUGCUCAUAGUUUGGUGUGAGUUCUAAUAAUUUAUUUAUUUAUUUUAAUCUCUCUAUUUCAACAAAAAAAAAAAAUAUAUAUAUAUAUAUAUAUAUAUAUAUAUAUAUAUAUAUAUAUAUUGUUUUGUUGGAUGUGAUUUACCAGGGAAAGAUGGGAUCUUUUAGUGGUUUAGGAAUUGUGUUGAGUUUAGUGUUUGGGUGCAUCCUAUUUGGUCUUGUUGGAGAAGUCUACUAUUUGUUGUGGUGGAAGAAGAAGAACACAAACAGAGAGAUGAAAGAGCAUUACAUAAUCAACCAUGCCAAACAGAUCCUCCACAAUUCCUUGUGUUGGAAGAGAACCACUUCUCUUAACAACAGCAGCACUAACAGUACUCAAGAACUCACCAGUUCAGUGAGAAACAACAACCCAGAUGUUGUGAUUGGGGCCGAACCGCCGGACCUAGAAUUGGGGUCAGGCAAGGACUUGCUGCUCAAAGGUUUUGGUGAAGACACCCAGAUUUCAGAGCUGAUGAGGCUGCACAAUCUGUGUGGCCCACCAAGGUUUCUCUUCACCAUCAAGGAGGAAACAAAGGAGGAUUUGGAGUCUGAUGAUGGGAAAUCAAGAAGCAGGAUUGGGUCAAGAACUAGAAGCCUCAGUGACCUAAUUCUUGCUGUUGAGAAUUUCUCAUCUUCUUCACCAUCAUCAAAGUCUCCUCACCCCACUUUGGAUACUUAUAACAACCAUGGAUUCAAUCCCCUCUUUGAAUCAUCAACAGAUGCUGAACUCAACAGGGUGAGAUCUUCACCCCCACCAAAAUUCAAGUUCUUGAGAGAUGCAGAGGAGAAGCUGAUGAGAAGAUUGAAGGAGGAAGCUGAGAAAAAAGCCCUAAAAAAUGGUGGGUGUGUUGUGGAUUCAACAAUGGUGACAGAAGAGAGGUCAGAUGGAGGGUCUGUUAUUAAAAUUGUUGUGGGUAAGAACAGAGAGAGAGAGACUCAUCACCAAUUGCCACAACAUCAGGUACUUCCAUUGGCUUCUUCCCCUUCACCAUUACAACACCAAACCAUGUUGCAAUGUUAAUUUCGAAAUUAACAUGAAAUGGGUGUUAGAUUCCUGUUCUAAUUUUUUCCUUCUUUUGUCUGUUAAGAUUAAAUUUACAAACUCAUUACAGAUGUGUAUUAUUUCUAAAUUUCUAAUAGAGAUUAGAGAUUUGAUA